ACCGGUAGAGACGCGCUGCUUUUCCUUCUAUUGGACGUUUCGUUCGUUAUUGUUUCUCUCUCUCUUUUGGAUUUCGAAAAGAGACGCCAUCAGAUCGCCGUUGUGAAUGGUGGUCGAUUUCUGCCGCUCCAGCAGCUCUAAAAAAAAAAAAGAAUUACGAACGAUCCAUCACUAAACAAAACGAUAGUAAAAAUAUUUUUACCCCAGUGCAUUUGUUUCUAACGGCGCCAAUCGACAUGAAGUUCAAAUGUCCGUGGAUAAAGAAACGGUUAAUAGCCGUCAUUUUAGUGCUGAUGGCGGUUGGAGGCUCAUCGGAAUCCGGAAGAAGAAACAGUACGAUAACGGUGAAACAGCUCAGCAAUGACAGCACAACAACAGAGGCAUCGUCACCGUUGGCGCUGGUCGCCGCCGAAUCGCUGCAGGUUCAGCGACAAGCUUUCCUCUCCGUCAUUCUAUCUUAUUUGGCCAGGCCGGAAGAGAAUCCAGCCGACGGCGACGCGUUGGAGGGUCGUGAUGUCCAAGACACCAACGAACAAGACCAAGUGAGGGAUGAAAAUAACAACCUGACUGCUGGCCAGUCGUGGUCACGGUUCGCUGAUUCUCAUAUCCAUCUGCGAGUGUUACGCAGCACUUCCGAGCCGGAAGCGAGAGCCCUCUUUUCCCGAUCGAGAACGGCUCAUCCAUCAUCAGGGAUAAACCGCCAUAAUCCACGGCGUCAGUUUCAGUUCAAUCCAAAUGUCCAACGGCCGAGUUCGACGGCCGUCAGUGUUCCACCGUCCGAUCGGACGGCCGAAUUGGCCGAAUUGUUGCGAGAAAAUCUUCUACGUCAGAGAAGGAGAAAUCAGCUGAUUGAUGGCGAGGCCGAAGAAACUUCAGCGACGAUCGAAGUCGUUCAGACCCGAACGCCUUUCGUCAUUCGAAAUGGCGAGAUGAUAAUGAACGACUUACCCAUGGUGGAGCGACGCAGCAUUCCCCAAUUCGGUGGCAUGGUGAUCCUUUACACUCGAGCCAGUCCCUUACGUCUAUUGUAUUACGGCAAUUGGUGCGGAUCGGGCGGAAUGGGUCCCGCCCUGGACAGUAUUGAUCAAUGCUGCAUGACACACGAUCAGUGUUACGGCGAUGUAGAGCAAUUGCCGUGUAAGGUGAUCUUCCAGAAACCCUACACCGUUCAUUACGCUUGGCGAUGGGUGGAGGAGCGAAAACAAGCUUAUUGCCUGCGAACAGGUGACAGGUGUGCCGACAUGACUUGCGAAUGCGACCGAAUUGCGGCUGCCUGUUUCGCCAAACACAUGAUCAACGCCAAAUUGAAGGGAAAUCGAUUACGCAAGCAUCGCAAUCGAGUUAAACAUCCUAUUCUGCGCGGCCAAUAAUUUCAAAGACUGUGUUCAAUUCAAAACAUCACGUUAAAAAACAACUCGACCGAUAUUCAAAUUGAUCCUUGCAUUUUCCACUAAAAUACUCCCGUUUUUCGCCCAUGUCACUCUUUACAUUACCACCCACGACCCAGAUUGUUUUC